GGUUUUAAUGGACUGCGAACGUCUGGCGCGUUCACUCGCACUCAACUUGACAAGGCUGUGACGAGAAACUGAAAAAAAAACCAUGUCUGCGGACAAGAAGUCCAAGUCCCUGAUGGACGUUAUUGAACUGGAAGACUUUCUGGCGAAUCCUCCAGUCGAUUUCACCGUUGACGUGCGCGGGACGGGGUACAGAUUUGUGGAGUACGACUGUGACCGCUGCUGCGUCUUCAUUGACGAAAUCCAGAGUGCUAAGGGGAAAGUGAUCUUCCAGAAUUCACCUGGGAGGACAAUAAAAGUCCGUACCAUGAAAGACUACAUGCAAGUGCGGAAAAACAUUACAUCGAAACGGAUUUAUAUCCUGGUAUCGGCUUGUGAAGGCGCCGCAAAGUCCAAGAAGAGUAAAGAUGCAAAGGCUCUCCUGGAGCUGCGGAAGUACAUUGUAGCGAUCGACGGUAGCAAUCCAGUCAUCAAGUGGGAGCUUGAGAAGGGACUGGACUGGACCAUCUCUUCUGUGGCUGGAGAAAGCUACCGAGUGGAUAUCGACCUUGGAGAUAUUGUGAAUUCCUGGGUGGGAGAGACGUUUCGAAUUCCCGUUGAGGGGGAGAAAGUGACGCCGGUUUGGAAGAACACCUCCUUCACGGUGAAGUACCGCUCCGAUGCCCUGUUUGACGUCUCCCACUGGCUCGGGCGUAGCAAACGCCAGUUCAAGAUCCAAGGGCGGUGAAGUCAUAAGAGAAUUCUGAAAAAGGGCUGCCAUCUUGUCUGGAGUCUGCAAUUCUGAUGGUCACCAUAAUGGCAUGCAUUCCCUGCCUAUGUCGCCAUCUUGGGGUUGUUUUUGCAAGGGAAAAAUUCAGCUGUCAGUUUACCUACCUGAUCAGUUGAAGGCCAUUGUGUAUGCCUUGUUAUGCUUUCCCACGUGACUGGAAUAUUUGGGUGGCAUAAUGUGAAUGGACCACGAGGUGGUGCUGUUGGAUGGAUCGACAAUGGACAAUAUGUGCAGUGAAGGUUUUCUAUGCACUUAUUUUAUAUGUUAAAUGAGUAACGUGGCUGUACAGUGCUGAGCACAGCACUGUACAGCAUAAUUUUAUAAUUAUUUAUUAUUUUUUACAUUUUGUCGAUAGAACAUUAAUGUCUCUCGUUAAGUUUCAAAAGUUAAACUCUUUGCAUGCAGUUGCAGUUUUGCUGGAAUGCACCGACAUUAUAUUGGUGGAAAGACACGAGAUGUUAAAUGGGCGGCUCCCAGUUCUAUCCGUGGUGUUGACGGCGGGUCAGGACACUUGUUUAAAUCUAACCUGUGUGAGGUUUGUAAAGAGUGAUCCUUUAUUUACGGUCUCUAACAGUACUGCUCCUUGUGAGGGGCGAAAUUGCACGAUGAUGGAGGCGACCUGUUCAGUUGAUAUUGUUCCAUUUAUGAUGACUGAUUUAGAAGUCUCAUAAUUUAGAAGUCUUUCAUAAGAAUGAUGACUGCAUCUUAAUUCUUUUUUUUUAUUGUUCAAAAUGUUUGGUUCAAUGUAUACAUUUUUUUAUUAAUUUGAUUGUCAUGGUGUAUUUCAACAAGAUCCAAAGUAUGCCACAGAGCAAUUUACAUGUUACUUGUAUGGAUGUUAGGAUUUAUCUACUGGUCUUCUUCUGAAGCACUGUUCAAGUUGGCAUUUUUCUAAAUAAACAUGCCUUUUUAUUAAAACUUUGUCUUCACUU